UUUUAAGUUUCAUUCAUUUCGCAAAUUGACAUUUUGGUAUUUGUCAAAAAUGAAGUGAAGUAACUUUCAACAACACUGUUCUAUGGUGUUUUGUGGUGCUUUUACGCGGUGAUGCGAAUUAAAUAAGUGUUUUGAAAAGCCGGAUUUGAUAUAUACAGUUUUAGGGUUUGCAAUGAGUUUCCGUAGCAGGGAUGAUGAAGGGGGAAGCAAAUUAGAUGGAAAUGAAUCUAGAAGAUUCGGAGGUAUGGAUAAUGAAAAAUCCAUGAGAGAGGAUUCCGAAGAACGUCUUUCCAGAUUUGAUUCCAACAGAGGAAGACGGCCUCCAUUUGGCAGAGGCAGACGACCAUCACCAGGGAAAGAAAAAUCAUUUAGCGAUCGAUCCAGAGACUAUGGUUAUGGAAGAGAUGAACCAAUGAGAGACAGAUCACCAAUGCGUGGUCCAGAUGAUCGUUUUUCUGACAGAUUAAAGAGGGAUGAUGGUUAUCCAUCAAGGGAUGAUAUUCGUAGAAAAGAAUCUGGGCGAUCAUUUUAUGAAGAUUCUCCCAGAGAUCGCUUUAUGGGUAUGGAAGGAAGACCAAGGCUUGAAGGUCCUAGAGGCUACAAUUCUCGUUUUGAUGGACCUGUAGAUCAGUUCAAACCUAGUUCUUUCCCUGAUAAUCCUAUGAGUUAUCCAGGUGCUCCUCCUAAAUGCUUCUACAAUGAAGGAUUCCCUAAACCGAAUGAAUGCGAAAUCAUUGCUGUUAGUAAAUCACAAAGAGCAUAUGCUGAAUCUGUUGAAGCUCGAGUGAAAAACCUUGGAAUUCUGGUGGAUAUUCUUUUUCUCAAAGAUGAAGCAUUGCUUACCCAAACUAUAGAUGAUAUUGCUCGCCGUGGAAGUCUUUAUGCCAUGGUUAUUAAUCCUCAGAAUGAGCAGCACAGAUCAGUGACAGUCAAUAUUCUUCAUGGUACACCACAAGAGCAUCGUAAUAUGCCGCUAGAAGACGCAUUAAAGUUGCUAUCUCGGAACUUCCACGAGCAUAUACGUUUGCAAAAAGAACAUAUGGAACGCGAGCGAGCUGAAAGAGGUCCUUACGUUGGAGUUGUGUCAGCAGAUCGAGAAAUCCAAUUUCUUCUUAGAAUGUUAGCGGAUGGACGGUGGAUUUCUCUUUCGGAAAUCAAUACAGUAAUACGAUACUUGUGUGAAAGGCGAGAUAAAAUGCAAGGCGGCCCAGAUGAAAGGGCUCAUGGUCGCCUUCCCAUACCCUCUGCGGACUUAAAAUUAGAACCUUCUUUUAAGCCAAAAGAUGAUCCUGAUGUGGCCCAAAAAGAGCAAGAUCUUCAGAAUCGUAUAAUCAACAUAAUGAAUCAAGGUGCACCUCCUGCAAUUGGUUUAGGGAAUACUCAAGCUGGCAGUUUAAAUCAAGGCUUAAUGCCAAACAUAGAUAUACCUGCAAAUAGGUCUAAUCAACCAAGAAUGAGUCCUGGCAUAAAUAAUAUGCGACCUCCUUCUGCAGUAGGUUCUGCUAUGCCUGCCAUGAAGUCUGGUAGACCUGCCCAUUCAUCUGUGGAUGAAAAUGUGACAAAUCAAACAAGUCUUGAAUCAAGUACAUCUACAUCUGAAUCAACCAAUCAGCCGGUCUUUACUUCUGCUGUAUCUGGGCCAAACUUACCAAGUGAUCCUGCUGCGACUGCAACUUACAUAAAUUUUGAUAAUCCUAGUGUGCAGAAAGCACUAGAUAAUUUAAUGCAGAGUGGUCCCAAUUUAUUGAAAAGUAUUUCAUUGUCCAGUUCUAAUAUGCCAGGUUCACAGAGUACGCUUUCUGGCAGUGCAUCCAAAACAGGUGCAGGCAGUGGUUCUGGAAUGGGAGCACCGUCUGAUCUCAUGGGAGGAAAAUUUAAUAUGCCGCCACCUAGAGGUCCAGGUGGUAUGUCAGAAAUGGGAGGAAAUAUUCCACCCAGAGGUUCAGGAAAUGUAGACAUGGGCCCACCAAGGGGUGGUGUGAGUAUGGGAAUGCCUGGACCUCAGAGAGGCCCUGGUAAUUCAUCUGAUAUGAUGGGUCUUCAAAGAGGAGGAUUUGGUGGCAUGUCUGAUAUGGGAAAUAUGAAUCCCCAAGGAAAUUUUGGUGGUGGAGGCAUGGGCGAUAGUAGUAUGGGGCAGCAAAGGAUGCCAGAUAUGGGACGUAUGGGAUCUCAGAGAGGUAGUAAUAUGGGACCUCCCCAAAGGCAAGAUAUGGGCCUUGGAAUGGGACCAGGUGGUAAUUUUCAUGGUCAGGAUCAGUUUAAUAAAUAUCAAGGCCCUGGUCAACAAGGUAAUUUUCCAGGUUCAUACAACUCUGGCCCAAAUAUGGGAAACCUGUCUCGUCAGAACUUCGGGAACACCCAAGGAAUGGGUGGCAUGGGAGGUGGACCUCGACGUUAUUAAUUAUUUUCAUUCUGUUUUUUUAAUUCAUUACAUGCAAAUUGUCAUUGCUGUUACUUUGUAGCAUGAGUUUAUAUCAUCUUACUUCAUUGUAUGUGUUUGUGGGACAAUAAAACACACCAAACCUAGAA